UGCUGAACACACCAAGCGCAGACUUUGCGCGAUGCGGCGGUUAUUGAUGGAAGCAGGAAGGGGACCUAUGACGUAUGAAACGAAAAGCAACUCCUUUCUCAUAAAUUUCCCCUUAGAAGUGUAGUUGUGGGAGGACACUGUUAGUUUUACGAGAGGCGAAGGCUAUAUAAGCAAUACACUGCAACUGUCAAAGAGUCCGGGGUGGAAUGCAAAGCGUUUUCGUUGCCUUGUAAAAGAUCUUUGGCUUAUUCGUAGGUGAUCUCUCACUGUAAAUAUUGUAGCCAUUGUAAACAAAGCCAAACAAUUGUGUUAGAAUUAGCAACAUGUCAAAGUUUCGCCAAUAAGAAUAUUAUAAAUCGCACAAUGAGGCUAGUCAGGUGUGAUUAACCACAAAACCAACAAAAUACAAUCGGACUUUUUCCAGAAGCGGAUUAUUAAUUACUAAUUUAGUCGGAUCCAGAUGCUACAUCGGAGCUGAAGAACAACUAUUUUUGGUUUUGGAGACACACUUAGUAACAUUUCUGCAACGCCUCAUCAAAUUGUCAUGGAACGUUCCCAGCCAAAAACUUCUCUUUUGGUGAAGUGCUCUCUCCUUGUUAUCUUCCUUUCAGUUGUACAGCAGGCUGCACAGGCACAAAACUUUUUCUUAGACUGUAACAUCGGAGACCGCAUUUCUUGCUGGUUGCCAUGUCUGCCCUGUCCUCACAGACCUCACGCACAGUGCAGGCACGUGCAAGUAGGUUGCGGGUGCGAGAAGGCGUGGUUUGAAAAUGGCCAACGGGUCUCAUGCGAGCCAACGGAGCAGCGAAACAACACGUCGCCCACGCCAGCCCCUCAGCCCAAUGGCGAGUGUCCUCCUGGAGUAAGCCGCGUGCAGUGUCUUGUGAAUCCAUGUGACGUCACUUCCUGUCAAAGGUUUCCUGCUGCCGCCUGUAGACCAAAUUACUGCGGUGGAUGCUACGCGGAGUUUUUUCUGGAUGAGCGCCGUGUAAACUGCAGCAUGCCCCUCGGUCAUGACGUCACAAACGUUACCACGGAGUCACCCAACCGACUUACCACUAUACCGUUCGUUGUGACGCCAGCCACGCCAAAUGGCAGCCUUGAAGGAUCUUCACUUGAAACAACUACCCCUACAAGAGUUCCCACAAGACGAUUCCUUUCUCGAAACAGAUUCCUCCAGGGCGGUACGCUUCAGUCAGUCUCGGGGGAAGUACAGGCCAGAGGCACAUUCGAGAUUCCUGCUUCCGCUUCCGUCGUGGAGCAGCCGGAAGCAGGACAGAAGGACCUUCAGCAGCCUCAGCAGAAUGUCACCACGCUGGCGUCUCCUACUUCCAGCGGCGGCCAGGAGGCAUCACCUCGCACAACAAAUUUCACUACACCAACACCUGCAAGCUCCAGCGUGCGGCAAACGUCACUUCCGGUGACAAACGCGAAUUCCAACAUCAGCCUGACCAGCACUUCGCCUCCAGUUACAUCAGCAGCUACAACCUGCGGCGCGGGUGUGAGACGAGUGACAUGUGCAGUGGACCCCUGCGCAGGACAAACAUGUGACGUAGCUGGCGCUCAAUGCAGAGCUGGCACCUGUGGCAGCUGUCACGCAGAAUGGUACAUAGGAGACAACAUUGUUCAGUGCCAACAAGCCUGUUCCUUAAGAAUGAUGACUGCCAGAUGUCCCAUCAACCCCUGCGCUAUUCAGUCUUGCGAGGCAUUUCCAGAGGCUGUGUGCAGAGUUAUGACGUGUGGCGCGUGCCGGGCGGAAUGGUUGGUCGGAGGACAAAGAGUCACGCACCAAUGCUUACCUGCUCGUUCAGUUGAUGAGUGUCCUGGUGGCCAGGAACCCACCUGCAGGUGUGACAGGUGUCCAUCCCAGUCAGCUGCUUCGUGCAGAAUUCGUGGGUGUGGCAACGCAUGUCGACUCGAGUACUACACUGUAAGCAACGGCCAGGAGGAGCCUAUCAGAUGCCGAGGAGUUUUCUUUCAGGUUUUUGAUCCAAAGGUUUAGAUACUAGAAAGAAAUAAAUAUUUUGACAAUAUU